GGAAGUUUCUACAUAAAUGUUUUGCUUGUAUGUGUAUUCGUUAUCAAGAAUGUUUCUGCGCGUUGCAGUGGAAUGAUAAAUUUCUUGUAUAAGUGUCUUAUUGAAAUAAAGGUUCGAAUUUUGUUCAUGAUUCUUUAAAAACAACGCCAUUUGUAUUUUACUGCAUUUUAUAUAUUUUAUUAUACAACAAUCAAUUGGGAAAGUAAUUGGAAUACAAUUAAAUUAAAAGUUAGUUGGAACGAAAGGGAAAUGUUCUGUCAUGGUGAAGAGCGAGUUCCGCUUAUAUCACGAGUGAAGAAACAAUGGAUUCCGACAAGAGUUCUGAUCUGCAUAAUGAUGUUCACGGCCUGUUGGACCAACUACAUGUGCCGUCUGCAAAUGCCAAUCCUCGCCGUGCCAAUGAUCAAAUCUCUACCGGGUAACAUAACCGAGGGUGUCUGCAGAGCCGAGCAGUCUCGAGUUCGCCGCGCGAUUUCUUGGUUGGAUCCGGGCGCCUAUCUGGAAGACUACAUCCUGUCAGAGAGGAUAGAAGCUACACAAAAUGCAGUGGAUGCAAUGGCACACAAUAUUCGUGUACGCAGGAAUAAUGACAAAGGAAAAAUUCGUCCAACAAAUAUACAACUAUUUAAUGGCCUACCUUUCGACUGGAGGCCUGAGAUUCGCGGUCAACUGAUUGCUGCAUACAGUUACGGAAAUGUUCCUGGUAACUUCAUCGGUGGCUUGAUGGCUGUCAAAUGGGGUGCUAAGCAGUCGAUCUUGUGGACAUCCAUAGUAGCCGCUAUAGUGUCGCUGAUCAGCCCGAUUCUUGCGCAGCUUCACUGGGGAGUUCUUCUAUUCUCAAGAAUAAUCAUCGGUGUUACUGGUGGAGUAACUUUUCCAGCCUGUCAUAGUUUGGUUGCACAAUGGGCACCACCGAACGAGAAGGCCCGUUUUGUUUGGUCUUUACUCGGCGGUACGUUCGGUACCAUCUUAACGUAUCCUAUGGUAGCUGGCAUUGCAGAAAAUAUACACUGGGAGAACGGAUGGUACAUUCCAUCGCUACUAAUGAUGAUUUGGAUAUUCUUCUGGGCUGUAGUUACGUACGAUACACCUGCAGAGCAUCCUGGUAUCUCAGAUGAAGAAAAGGAAUACAUUCAAAGUUCGCAAGCAGGUACAGUGAGGAAAGAAAAACCUUCACUGAAGGAAACUCCAGUCAAGGAAAUAUUUACCUCGAUACCUUUCCUCAGUUUAGUCUGCUGCCACUUCGGGAAUUUGUUUCUUUUAUUCUUCUACCAGAAUGCCAUGAUGCUUUACUUAACGAAAGCUCUAGGAUUCGAAUUGACGAAAGGAGGUGUAGCUGCUAGUCUGCCUUGGGCUUGCAGAAUGUUGUUCGGAUUUUUCUUUAGUUGGGCUGGUGAUACGCUCAAGCGGAAGGGAACAGUCUCUGUUACCAUGAUACGUAAAGGCGCCACAUUCUUCUCCCAUUUUUUGCCAGGCAUCUUCCUCAUUCUAGUCGGCUACGUUGGAUGUGACUUAAUUCUCGCGAACAUUUUUCUCGUGCUGGCAUUAGGUUUCAAUGGAGCAGCGAGUAUCUCUAAUUUGUCCAACAAUCAAGAUCUAUCGCCGAAUUUCGCUGGCUUUAUAUACGGUAUCAUGAACACAGUUGGUUGCGCUUCUGGCAUGAUUAUUUCUCCUAUGGUGGAGGAAAUAGCUGGAAAAUACGGAAAUCCUAUUGACAGAUGGCAAACGUUAUUCUGGAUUGGUUCGGGCGUGUGCAUAAUUUGUAUGAUUAUCUUUCUGUUGGGAGGAAGUGGAAAUAUCCAAAGCUGGAAUGAAAUUCGAACCCAACCGGAUGCAGAGCGCGGCAGAAACUAAUUAAAUUCUGACUUUUACAUUUUUAUUAAUAUUGAAUAUCUUAAUGUGAGCGCGAUCUGAUCAAAAACAAGUAUUAAGAUGUACUUUCAAUUUCACAUCUAUAAAAACUAGAAUUACAUUUUAUAUUAUUUGAGACGUUAACAACUAGAACAAAUUAUCGUGGGCCGAAGAAUAUUGUAAAUAUUUUAAGUUGGUCAACGAUAGCUAUAAUGCAAAAUUUUAUUAGAAUUUGAACUGACGAAUUUUAUAUACCAAAUGAAACUUAAUUUUUUAUAUGAUAUAAGAAUUGUUAUUAAAUGUUUCGUUAUUAAAUAAAUUU